AUGACGCUCCAGAACUUGAAGACCUACCAAGAACGCGAAUCUGGGCAGGAAGCCGAGUACCGACGCCACACCGCCGGCGUCGGUGCUUUGAGCAAGAAGCACUUCUUGCUCACCGGAUGGCGUGGUGAUGGUGGUGCUCGCCUGGAUCGUUACAAAUCCGCUUCCCUGAGCUUCACUCACGACUCGCAGCACACCUUCAAGAUCCAGACAUUUUGGAUCGACGUGAAGCGCAAGAAGAAGGCUGGGCAAAGUGACGUCGCUACAAUGGACAAGAUCGCCCCCGACGACCUCCAGGCUGAGGACUUCGACAUGAGUGGCUUGGACAUCCGCGCCAUGGAUGUGGAUGAAGACGUCAAGACUCUGAUCAUAGAGAAGAGCUCAGCAAGCAAGACCAACAGCAGUGCCAAAGAAGAUGAACGCGGGGUAAAGCUUUCUCAGCUGGAGGGUGGCAAGUCGGAGUAUCGCAAGAAGCUCGAGGCCUUCAAAGAAGGCUGCGAUAAAGAUGAGAAGUUCCACAAAGCUGUGCUCACCUGCUUGCCGAAGGGUGUAGAUGUGGAUGCGAAGAAGUUCGUCUAG